AUGGACACAGUGAAUUCCCAGAAGCAAAUGUCCAACAGCAGCUCCAUCUCCCAGUUCCUCCUUCUGCCAUUUGCAGACACACAGGAGCUGCAGCUCUUGCACUUCUGGCUCUUUCUGGCCAUCUCUCUGGCUGCCCUCCUGGGAAACAGUCUCAUCAUCACUGUCAUAGACUGGAACCACCACCUCCAUACGCCAAUGUACUCCUUCCUGCUCAACCUCUCCCUUCUCAACCUGGAAACCAUCUCCAUCACGUUCCCCAAAGCCAUGACCAAUUCUUUCUGGGACACCAAGGAAAUCUCCUACAUGGGCUGUACUGCUCAGGUCUCUCUGUAUGUCUUUUUUAUUUCAUCAGAACAUUAUCUUCUCACUGUCAUGGCUUGUGACCGCUACGUUGCCAUCUGCAAACCCCUGCACUACAGGAACCUCCUGGGCAUCAGAGCUUUUGUCCACAUGGCAGCAGCUGCCUGGGACAGGAAGUUGGGCUUCUUGUGCACUGUCACAUUUCCUCACCUGAAGCCCCACUCCUUCUCAUCCCCAUCUCUGGAUGUGGUGGUGGCAGUGCUGUACUUGGUGGUGCCUCCAGCAGUGAUCCUCCUCUUCUACAGCCUGAGGAAUCAGGAGCUUAACUAUGCACUGAAGAAGCUGAUUCAAUCAGUAUUCUUUCAACAGCAGUCCUAUGUCUUUGCACAAGAGAUUUCCAGU